AAGAAGCUAAAGAAAACAGUGUAGUUAUUUAAUGCAAAUUGACGUCAGUAGUGAUCAUACUUCAAUGACUAUCAGGGGGAAACGCCCCAAGUGAGCUUUUCAUUAGUGGUGAUUUCAACGCUCCAUCGUAAACAAACCUGUUGUGGACUGAUGCGCAAACGGCUCAAGUGCGCGCGUACAGUUUUUGGCGAACAAAAUUGGCAGUGUGUAUUUAUUAUACAAACAGGUGCGCGAAAUUCCGAAACCCAAAUAAAGAAACGUCGAUUUUUUAGUUAUCGUGGGCCAAACCUAUCGUCGCCGCUUAGUCGUUCGUCAUAACAGUCCAUGCGGUCAGUUUUCGCGCAGUUUCAGCCCGUCACUGGACCGGUUCGGGAGAGUGGCCGCUUUUGACCAGUUGCUGAGUAGUUGCUGCUGUUGAACUUUAUGUAACAUUUAAAGUUUGCUGCGGAAAUCGUAAUCGACGAGGAAGCUUCGUCAGUUGAUAGUGAAAAUGCGAGAAAAUAUCGCGCUACUGGUGGGCACAGCAUGUGCUCUUAUCUGCCUGCAGGUCGUCCGGACGGAUCUAGGCGAAAACGAAACCGACUACGAUGAAGAAGGAUUUUGGAUCGGCCACGGUCUUGGAAGCAGAAAAGAAGGUGACGAAAUCCUCAAAGUGAUGCAUAAAACCGUCGGACCAUUCACGGAGCCGCAGAACGUGACGGUCGUGGAGAAGUUCACCGCCGGAGAAGGUGAAAGCAUAACAUUCACACAGUUCAACACAUCGCGGGUGCUGCUGUACUUCCGCGAGAUGGUGCUUGAUUUCAAUCCCAAAAAUUUCUACAUCAAGCUGAACCUGUACAACAUCACCAGCCUCCGGCUUCAGAGAACGGUCUACGGCUAUCGAUCGAAUGCAGUGAAAAGGCGAAAUGCUUUAUAGAUUAGCCCAUAAGAACCAGAGUUAAUACUUAGGUACAGAGGUUAGCGUUAAGCAACAUGACGUUUCCCGUUUUGCAACGAUUAGUCUAGCUAGCAGACUCACAAAGCCAAAAAUAUUGUAUCUUCUAUCGUUCAUCUAGUUUAUCAGGCGAACCCAACCGUAGAGAGAUAAGUCCGUGUUUUUACGUUUGUGUUUUCAGAAACCUUGUACAAAAUAUUCUUUAAUAUACUUACUGAAACAAUCACCUUCGAGGUACCGCGAAGAAAUCAUACAGUCAUACCUCAACCUCAUUCGGAGGAGCCGCGAGCAAUUAACACAAUCGCACAGGCGUCCACAAAUGGAACCUGAUUCAAGCAGACAGACAAUCCACCAACUAAUGUAUGGAUAAAUACUCACAUAGAUGUAUACAUAAGGUCGUAAUUUGAGCCGUGACAAAUCCCAUUGAAAGCAGCUGUUACGAAAAUAAUCGUGUUGGUUAUGCCAAUUAUGUCAAUCAGACGCUAAUGACAAUAAUGGCAAACCGAGCUUUCUUCCCGCAAAUGGACAGCUGCAGGUAUUAUCGUAUCGUAUACAUGUAAAGUAGAGGAACCGCUUGAGGUGAAACGAAAGUGAAUUUCAUGUAUUACUAUCAUUGGUACCUCAGCGCUGGGGGAGUGUGAAUCCACCACAUACCUUACCAUUUUAGAAAUAUAAAAAUAAAACUUCAGAAUUGCGAUAGCCUGAGGUAUUCCGGAUGUCAGCUUUUGCGUUUAUGAUGUCAGUUUGUGUCGGUUAUGCAAUUCACUGGUAGUUUGUAUAUUUUUGUUUACCUGUUAAGUUAUUGAGCAAAUAAAC